GAUUUGUAGUGUCAGUUUUUGCCAAAUCAUUUUAAAGUUAAUUUGCUGUCAUCGAUGUCGAACAUGCGUCUGUUAUGAAAUCUUAACCCACAAUUAGAUUUUACUCAUUGAUUAGAUACGACAUGACAACACGAAGUCAAUGUGAUACAAGGUUCGGACGAUGUUAAUCAUACGUACGUGUUGACGUUAUGAAAAAGGAAAUAUUUAAUAAGGCUGUUCAUACUUCAUCCCUAUGGCUAAAGGAAAAUUGAGAGGUUCAGACUCAAAUAAUAAGUUAACGACUUCCAACGCAACUUUUAAAAAUGGAGAGACUUAUACAUCAGAGUUUGAAAUUAAUGAAAUACCACCUAGUGCCCGCACACUGCUUACAAAGGGUUAUACGCAGGAUGAAAUUAAUUCCUACUCAGGUGCAACUGUUUCAACGCGUGGACGUUUUAUGACAGAACAAGAAAAACUAAGGUGUUCCAAUGAACGACCUUUAUAUCUUUACAUACAGGGUCAUACAAAACAUAAUGUAGACCUGGCUAUACAGAAAAUUAAUGAGAUCAUUAAAACAGAACACCAAAGUUCUUUAAACAGGCCAAGCAGAUUCACUAAUGCACCACCGCCUCUGAUGAGUUUACAUUCUCCAGUAACAUCUGUGGAAAAGAUCUGUGUUGGUAUAGAAAAUGCGCCAGAAGGGUUCGAUUUAAGGGGUAGGAUCAUAGGUGCAGGCGGAGCUAAUUUGUUGUACAUCAAGGGUGAAACGGGUGCAAACGUAACGUUAAGGGGUAGGGGAUCACAAUUCAUUGAUCCUGUUUUAGGCACUGAAUCUCCAGAACCACUUCAUUUGUAUAUAGAGCAUCCAAAAUCAGAAGCACUACAGAAUGCAAAACAGUUAGCAAUUAAUUUAAUUCAAACAAUGCAAUCUGAGCUACAGUCAUACAUACAGCAACAACCACCACCAGUACAAUCACAGCAAGUUAUAGAACAAUCGCAAAUACAACAAACACAAUUUCAAACCAUGAACAUUGGCACUUUGGGACAGCCUAAUGUUGUUACUAUACAACAUCAAGAUAUUAUACAGCAUCCUCAAAGUAGCGUAGUAACAUUACCAGCAACCAUUCUCACUGCUACAGUGGCUGGAGCACCUGGGUCUGGCAUAACAGUUCCACCACCUGGAGUGCAUAUUCCACCUCAUUCUGGGCCAUUAGUACCAUCGCCUCAAGCGCAGGAGAUACAAACAUUCAUGCCACCUCCACCGGUUGGACAAGUACAAUUAAUUGGUCCACCGUCGACAGUGAGUCAAGUGCAAUAUCAAAUUCACCCUGGACAACCGUUACAAAUUCAAGGGAUUCAACCCGGUUCACAAUCAUCACCACAACCUGUGACCCAGAUGUAUGUUAUGAGCCAGCCGCCACCGCAGAGUUCAGCUCAACAAAACUUCAUCACCAGUAGCAGCGCACCGGUCAGUGGUGCGGUUUCUUAUGUCUAUACGCAACCAAAUGUACAAAGACCUUCUACGCCGCCGCAAGGAAUAAUUGAAGCUGUUAACGUGAACUUACAACAACCACCACCGGCUACUCCUAUUAAUAUAACUCAACAACCGCCGCCGCCGUUACUGCACCUUCAUUUUCCACCGCCGAACUUUCCUCCGAAUCAACCGCCUCCUCCGGUACCGCAAACUUAUCAAAUACAAUACCAGCAAGUGCAGGCACCUGCAUCACAAUCACAAACACAGUUUGUGUUACAACCAGGAGAACAUAUAGUUCCGCCACAAUUACAGCAGAAUCAUGAACAGUCUCAAGCCGUGGCUCAGCACAUGUUACCACCACAGUUUGAAGGUCAUGCUCCUCAGUUUCAGCUACAAGUACCUCCCCCGUCUGCGCAGACGUUUUUAGUCCCUAACGCUCAAUCGCCGCAGCAUCCUCAACAACAUCCUCUUCCUCCUGGAGGCGAGGUUCAACAUCAUCAGCAAGAAGGACCAGUAGAUCAAGGACCGCAACCGCAACCAGUUCCGCCUCCACAAAUUGUACCACCACCCAAUCCUCAAAUGCCAAAUUCUAUGAACGUUCUCACCAGCAUUCCACCGCCGACGCAAGCACCUCCUCCGCAAAACGCGCCAUGGUUGUAUCAAGCUCAACAACCGCAACAAAUGUUGCAAUCGCAAGGUCAAUUGCAGGUUCAGAUGCCACCAGCGAAUAUACCUUUACACAAUGUACCUCCACCGCAAGUUCAAGCACAGAUACAAUAUCAUGCUCAUCAUAUGCAGUAUCAGAAUGGUCAUAUGCCACCUCAGGUACAUUAUGCAGUUCAACCUCCACCUCAGCAGUUUGAACAAAAACCUGAAUCACCAGAACAAAAGUCUCAUGGUGUCAAAAGAAGAUUUUCAGACGUUGAAACGAAUCCGGAAUCAUCACCUUAUCAGUGUGGUCCGUUACCUGCUCAACGUCACGGAACAGGAGAAGGUGAUCGACAGCAGCAAGUCUUACACGGUCCAUCGCCAGCGGCUGCGGGCCUGCCUCAUCGAGAUCGAAACAAGCUGCUAAUGCCUCCUCAACAUCCAGGUGAAAAACGCAGCUUGGACCAGAAAUCUGGAGGCAUAAAUUCAGGAAAUGACCAGAAUCCGAUGAGAGAUUCGGUGAACGUGCAUCCCGGAGGUCCUCCUCUACCUCCUCCGCUUCCACCGCAGGCACCAUGGCAAGCUCAUCAUGUUAGAGUUCCAUGGGGUAGGCCACCACCGAUGAUGAGAGAAGGAGAGUAUCCUGGAAUGUAUCCCUCACUACCUCCGACUAAUAUGCCACCACCUCAAAUUAGACCCAGAGGGCACGUUGAAGGUAAUCGUUCGCCCGUACAAAGUGCGAUAUUGGAGCACCCAUUGAAUAUCGAGUAUAACCAAAUGCCACCGUAUACAACAAAACCUCCCCCUUAUAAUUCACAUCCAUUGAUGCAAUCCAUUUGUAAUCCACCGCCGCCGCCGCCGCCGCAUCAUCAACAGCGACCGCAGCAUCAUCAUCAAAUGGUUCAGCAUUAUCAGGUGCCAAUUUCUCAAACAUAUCAGCCACCGACUUCCUGUCCACCGUGGAUGAAUUAAACAUCGCACGGCAAUGCGAUAAUAAACGGAGUUUCAGAAGCUGUAGUACCUUAAAAGAUGGCUGAUGCAGUCCGUCCGAUUCCGCACCGUUUGAAUGCACUUGUUGCGAACAUUAUCGAUUCACCGAGGGUUACAAUGAACGUGAAUGGAUGGCAUUGUAUCGACGUUAUCUUCGUCGAAUUGUUCCUUGUGUUAUAGUUAAUUAUAAUAUACAAAACAUUCGUUACAAAAAAGAUACUUUUUUGUAAAAGUUGUGAAUAUUCAUUAAAAAUUGUUUAUAACGAAUGGUCGCUUUAAGACUUAACUAACGCACGGUGCUCACAAAUUUGUAUGUACCGCCGUUACACGAGCAAGCGACAUGUGUGUACCGAGAGAUAAAAAUUCGAUCGAUGUUAUAUAUAUGUAUGUAUAUUAUAUCAUACCAGAAUCAUGUGAAUAAUAAUUUCUAAAGAGAAUCUACGUAUGUAAAAUCAAGUGUGAUUGUGAUGCUGUUGUAUACAAAGAAAGAAACAGUUAUAAUUAUUCGAAUUGUAGGAGUGUGCGGAUACCUGAAAAUUCGGGCAUCCGAAUAAAUUUAUGUGCUCGACGAGUUUUCAGGAUUCCGCUCGAAUCUGAAAGUAACUUCUGAGCCGAGCCUGAUCUAAAUUUUCGGGUAUUCGCACACUUCUAGUUCUAACAAUAAGACAUGCUUUUAGAAGCCACGCGCACAUACGUACGAGGACAUAGUAGUACAACUUUCGUAUAUCAUAGUACAACUAAAUAAUUAACGUUGUCUCCAUUUAAUCAUAAGAGACUUGUUUUCUCUUCUUAUCGGCGUAUUCGAGACGUACUUUAUGAUAUUUGUAGACAAUAUAAAUAUAUAUGGUGAGUGCAAGUUUGUACAUAUGUACGUGAAUAAAUCGUGUAGUUAAUAUUAAUAUUAUGGAAGUUCUUCCAUGCGAAAAUUUGUCGAAAUCCACUUGAUGGAUUAUUUCGAGACAUGUAAAUUAAAUUAAUCACUGUUAUAGUACAAUAUCCUUGAUUUACUAAUUAAGUGAACAGGGUCAGUAUCAUCUCUCUGUUUAGUCAGCCGAGGGAUAAUCGAUGUGACGUGACAUUUUAACGUUGUGAGAUAAAAGUGUCAUCAUCUAA